GACAUGAAGAGGAACAUUGAGUACAACAACAGCUUGCAAUAUGUGGCUGAUUCGGAGUACGGGAUACCGACAAGGUGUUACUGUGGUGGGAGAAUGAUUGACGAGGUUCAGCGGAAGGAGGAGAGAGACACUCUUCCUGGGAAGCGCUUCUUCACAUGCAUAAACUACCAGGCUGAUGGACUCCAUUAUCGUCAGCCUUGGGUUCAUGGUGUCCAGGAGGAGAUCGAGAAGCUCACUAACCGCCUGGAGGCGGCUGAGAAGGUGAUCAAGAAGGUGCCCAUCCUCAAUCAACAGAUUGAGUCACUUGAGGUUAAGAGGCUCUCUGGCCAAGUGGAUGUUCUCAGUGUGAAGGUCGCUGACCUGGAGAUGGUCUGCUUCGAUUGAAAAGCAAAGGUCACGGGCUGCAGUUGAAGUUGUAUGGCAGGAAGGGAAUGCACAUGUUUAUUAGCUUUAUGGUUGUUGUGUUUCACGGGAAAGUGUAGUAUUUUGUUUCUUUCUACACUUCAUUUCAAUUAACUUGUCUUGUUUCUUUGUACUUUGUACUUGUUUGGUUGCUCACGGGUAGCAACCACAUGAUUAGAACUUGUAUCGGCUAUGUACUGACUCUGCCAACUCUAUAUAUAAAGCAGGGUGU